UGGCUGAGGGAGGAGGACAAGGCGAGAAGGCAGUGAGUGAGGUAACCCAGGCGUUCCCUUCUGUAGAUGGGCAGGAGGAGAAGAGCACAGUCCCUGACACAGUCAAGGACCCCGUUCAGCUCUAACCAAAACUACAGACCUGCUCUCCAUUCUUUUCAUUUUUGGUAUAAUAAGAACUUAUGUUAGAGGUGGCUGCUGGGCUUUUUUUCCUAAAUUAGACAUCAAACUUUUCCCCCCCCUUCCCUAAGCAUACCAUAUGUUUGUCAGCACAUUCCGCUUCGUUGUCAAGGAAACUACGGUGGGCACGACAGGGGCAGGUGGUUCCAGGGAUGUAGAGUGGAGUCGGAUGGUUCUCUAUGCCUUGUGUGCAUGUAAACAGUGAACCGUAGCCACAGGUUUGUCGUCCCGGUAGAAAGGAAUGCUUAGAACUGGGAGAACCACUCUAUCCUCUCUUCUGCUUCUGCUAUGCAGCAACAGACAAGUGAUGGGCUCGGCUCUUGACACGCUCAUAAACUUGCGAACUGAGUAUUGGAAAAAAUGCAAUGACUCGUUAUCAACUCAAAGGGCCACAGAAAAAACACAAACUGGAAUCUUCUGCAAUGGGACUUUUGACAUGUUUGUCUGUUGGCCACAUUCAACCCCUGGAAAUGUCUCCGUCCCCUGUCCUUCCUACCUGCCCUGGAUCAGUUCAGAUGGUUCAAGGAAAGUGCACAUGGAGUGUUUGCCGAACGGUAAAUGGCGUACCGAGGACAACACUACCAUGGUGUGGCGGGAGAAAACAGAGUGUGAAGAUCAUCACUUCUACAAGUCAGAGGAUGCUGAGCUGGCCCGUCAUUCCAUACUGAGGACCACCACCAUAGUCGGAUACUCACUGUCUCUCUCCUCCCUCAUAAUUGCUGUCAUCAUUAUGGGGAAUCUGAGGAAGCUUCACUGUACACGGAAUUACAUCCACUUGAAUCUCUUUGUGUCAUUCAUAUUGAGGGCCAUGGCAACGAUCACGCACACAAUCGUGUCAACAGCAAUGGCUUCCAAUUUUCCCAGUGAUGAAAUGGGGUGGAACACCUACUCAAACUCAACGAUCGCUGUGAUCUGCAAGGCGUCCCGAGUGUCCAUGGAGUAUUUUGUUGGGUGUAAUUUCUUCUGGCUGUUGGUGGAGGCGAUAUUUCUCCACACUCUACUCUUCACCGCUGUGCUGACAAAGCGGAGGCUGCUGAAACGAUACAUGCUCAUUGGAUGGGGCACUCCUAUGGGCUUCAUAUUGCCAUGGAUUGCAGUAAAAGCACACUAUGAAAACAUACACUGCUGGGUUAACAGUAACAAGCUGAUCUGGUGGAUAAUAAAGGGACCUAUAGCACUAGCCGUAGUGGUGAUUUUUUGCAUUUUCCUGAAAAUUCUGAAACUCCUGCUGUCAAAGUUGAAAGCGGACCAGUCGCAAUUUACUGACUACAGAUACAGCUUAGCCAGAGCAACUCUUGUACUGAUCCCACUGUUAGGGAUCCAUGAGGUAGUCUUCAACCUUGUCACAGAUGACUACAUGGACAUGAGACAACGUUACAUUCGCAACUUCAUCAACAUGGUUCUCAGCUCUUCUCAGGUAGGAAGGCCAAAGACAGGCCAAAGAUGA